GAGGGUGAAGCUCCAAGCAGUGAAACCGGCACAUCUUUGGAUAGCCCAUCUGCUUACCAUCAAGGACCUAUAACACACAGUUCAGCUAUAAGUCCAGAUCAUUACGAUCAUUCUGCUUACGGGCUGUAUUCCGUCUCCCCUGGGCAACAAAGAUCUCGGAGGCCGAAACUUCAGCACUCAACAUCCAUUCUGCGAAAACAAGCAGAGGAAGAAGCUAUUAAAAGGUCAAGAUCACUUUCUGAGAGCUAUGAACUCUCUUCAGACCUACAAGAUAAGCAGGUGGAAAUGCUAGAACGGAAAUAUGGAGGCCGUCUCAUAACUAGACAUGCUGCUCGUACUAUACAAACAGCUUUUCGCCAGUAUCAGAUGAACAAAAAUUUUGAGCGUCUUAGAAGUUCUAUGUCUGAAAAUCGUAUGUCAAGACGCAUUGUACUGUCCAAUAUGAGAAUGCAGUUUUCCUUUGAAGGACCUGAGAAAGUCCAUAGCUCUUACUUUGAAGGAAAACAAGUUUCUGUUACAAAUGAUGGGUCAAAGCUGGGAUCACUGGUGCAGUCUGAAUGUGGUGACCUUGGAGAGUCAGCUACAAUGAAGUCUCCAGCAGCAUCUACAGAUUUUGCUGAUGCUAUAACAGAACUGGAGGAUGCUUUUUCCAGGCAAGUGAAAUCCCUCGCAGAGUCCAUUGAUGAUGCACUGAAUUGCCGUAGUCUCCAUUCUGAUGAAGUCCAAACUCCGGAUCAAGUCAGAAGUCGUGAAAUGGAAAGGGAUAGUUGUGCUCCAACUAAACCAGCAAUUCACAAUGUGGAUCCCAGGAAGCUUGAUGAGAUGACAGCGUCAUACAGCGAUGUCACGUUAUAUAUUGAUGAGGAGGAGUUAUCUCCACCCCUUCCCCUUUCCCAGUCAGUAGACAGACCAUCCAGCACAGAAUCUGAUUUGAGGCUUCGGUCUGUGAACUCCUCUCAAGAGUACUGGUCCAUGACCCACAAAGAUGAUAAGAUAGACACUGAUACGAGCUGCAGGAGUACCCCAUCACUGGAAUGCCAGGAACAGAGGAUGAGAAUGGAUCACCUACCGUUGCUAACUAUAGAGCCUCCCAGUGACAGUUCAGUGGACUUGAGUGAUCGCUCGGAGAGGGGUUCGUUAAAGAGACAAAAUGCGUAUGACCGAGGGAUCACUAGUCAACAAGGAAGCCCAAAACACAUCCCUCACAGUAUUCCUGCCAAGAUUAUAUCCCGAGAGGAGCAGGAGGCUAGACAUAGGGCCAGGCCUAUAGAUAGUCAUUUAGCUAUCAAUGGCACAGCAAACAGGCAAAGCAAAUCAGAGUCUGAUUAUUCGGACGGAGACAAUGACAGCAUCAACAGCACUUCCAACUCUAAUGAUACGAUAAAUUGCAGCUCAGAAUCUUCUUCUAGAGACAGCCUGAGGGAGCAAACCCUGAGCAAACAAACAUACCACAAGGAAACUCGCAACAGUUGGGAUUCCCCUGCCUUCAGUAAUGAUGUUAUCAGGAAACGCCAUUAUAGGAUUGGACUGAAUCUUUUCAACAAGUAA